GCCGCCGUGGGGCCUAGCACGGUGACCCGGGGGACACGGAGGCCGGGCUGUGGAGUUGGAUGCUCGCCAGGGCGACGGACGGGCAGGCAGCUGGGCGGCGGACAGACGGACAGCAUCUCCCCCACCCCCUGUCACUGAGGCACGGACCCCACCCACUGAGUGGGGCCAUGGCGGGGAGAAGCUGGGCAGGGUUAGGGCUGUUGUGUUGGGUCUUGCUGGACGCUCCCCCUGUAGCCCCUCAGCCCAUAUCCCUAAUCCCCGGGGCCCCCCUGACCACCUUGGCCCAAUCCCCACAAAGUGAAGCCUCUCUGCUGUCCCUCAACUUGGGGCUUAAUUUCAAGAUCCAGGUGCGGGGGCCCGGGGCUACCCGGGUGGGUGCCGCCACGGAGACCCAAGCCGUCCAGGGUCCCGCCAGGGAGCCCGAAGGACUCCGCUUGGACCGUGCCGGGGGCUCACCUCCAGAGUGGGGGUCUGCUGAGGGCAGCUCUCCCUCCACUGACACCUUCCUGAUCUCCGAACCAGUCCCCCGCAGCCUCGGGCCCGCAGAAGGGCUUCCCCACCUGCACCAGCAUGGGCCGGGCCCAGCAUCCUUGGCUCCAGGCCCCACGGCUUUCCAGCCCCACGGCAGUGAGCUGGAACUGGAGCUGGAGGUGGCCCUGAGGGCGGGAGCCAGUCCCACCGCCGGGGGGAUGCCGGAGGGGCACAGGGCGCUGCCGCUUCUGCCCAGCUUGAGAGUCAGCCUGGCGGAGAUCGCGGACCGCCUUGGGGCCUCUGGUUUCUUUGGCACCACCCUGUUCCCAUCACAGGCCCCGUCCCCAUCCCCGUCCCCAGAGGAGCUGGAGCCCCUGGACGAGAAUGACACAGGCAGCACCCUGGGCUCACUUUCCUCCACCAGCCCAGCCGCAGGAGGGAUCCCAACUGCGGGAGGGACCCCGGCCACAGAAAGGGCCUCGGUCACAAGGGGGGUCCCCCUACUCACAGGAAGGACCCCAGCCACAGGGGGGAUCCUGGCCCCAGGAAGGACCGCAGCCCCAGCCUCCGCUCCCAGCACAGAUGGCUCCUCAACCAGAUCAGGGGGCCCUUCGGGCCAGCCGGACUGCUGGCCCAAGCCCUGUGACCCGCUGGUCCUUCCAGAGCCCGAGGAGCGCCCCCCGGCAGCACCCCUGGCUCCCCUGUUCCUGUCUCUGGAGUCUGACUGGACGGCGGCCCGGACCCACUGGGGGCUGGCUUGGGAGGCCCAUGUGUAUGGGGCCGGGGCCCUGUUUGGGCUGGUGGCCUUGCUGGCCCUGCUGAGCCUGGCCCUCCUGCCCUGGCGCUGCCCGCCCGGGACCCCCUGCCUGGCGCUGCUGGACCUGCUCCUGCUCUCGGCGGGCACCGCCCAUGCCUUCCCGCUCUUCUACGAUGCCUACGGGCACCAGGCCCGCCUCCCGGCCCUGGCCCGGCUGCUGCUGCGGGACUUGACCCUCCCCUGCCUGUCCGUCUGCUUGGGGCUGUCGUGCCUGCUGCUGGCCCGGCCCCGUUCCCCCCGCUGCCCCUGCGGCUUGGCCGCUCUGCUCCUCCUGCUCCUGGCCCUCUCUGCGGGCGCCGUCCUGGCCGGCGCCACCCACCGCCCGCUGCUGCCCCUUCUCCUGGCCUCCCGCGGCCUCACGGCCCUUGUGGCGGCCCUCCUCUCGGGGGCCUUGAUGGUCCUCUCCUGCCCAAGGGGCCGGCGGGCCGGUGUCCCCCACGGGGGCCCCUGCUCCCAGGCCGCCACCCCGACGCCCUUGGCCCGGGGCCCCUUCCCCCGGCCCGGGCCCUGGCGGCAGGCGGCUCGCACAGCCCCAGUGGCGGGGGUCUUUGGGCUGCUGAGCGGGGGGCUGCAGGGCUACGCGGUGCUGCACACGCUGGGCUAUGGGGGCCAGCCCGGCCUGGGGGCCGCCUGGCCCUGGUGGGCCUUCCAGCUGGGUGCGCGGCUGGGCGAGGCCGGCGUGGCCCUGCCCCUGGCACUGCUGGGCCUCUACCCGGCCCUGUGCAGCCCCCGGCCCCCCCAGCGCUGCUGGACCAAGCUGCUCCGCCUCUCUCCGGGGGCCUGGGCCAAGGGGCCCGGGGAGAAGCCGCCCCCAGGAGAGGCUGGCGGGCGAGCGGAGGCUGAGCUGGUGCCCCUGUGCGCACUGACGGGGCCGGGCCCAGACCUGCUGCCCCCGGGCGGUGGCCGGGGCCUCGAGGGGGUGGCCCCGGCCCCGUCCUCAUCCCCGGGCAGCGACGGCACCGAGGACUUCCGCCCGCCGUCCCCUAUCGACCUGCGCCGCAGCAUCGCCGAGGCACUCCUCGGCAGUGAGGCCCUGCUAGGUCCUGGUCUCCUCCUCACAGGCCCUACCGUAUGCGGGGCUGGGCUGGGCUUCCCGGAACCCCCCUCCCCGGGCCCCUGGCCACCCGGCAGCAGCACCUCCUCCAAUUCCCCAUUCGGACUGUCCCAGGAUGGCUCGUCCAUCCUGCUCUGCACCAGCCCCGACAGGCCUACGGGAUCCCUGUCAGCUGCGGUCCUGGGCCGCUCUGGGUGUGGUUACCGGGCUCUGGCACCGGCCUGCCGGGCGUCCCCGGGGCCUCUUCCGCAGGAGCGGCUCCCGGAUGCCCGCCGGCAGAUGGACGAGCUCAGCGUGGGCAGUGACACCAUAGACUUGUGAUGGCAAGAGGAGGGGCCCCGCCACUCCUCUCCCCCUGCCCGGCCCCCAGAGCCCGCAUUGCCUGUGACCCACACACUGUAGUCUGCCCCAGCCCUUCCUGGCCUAGUCUCCCUCCCCAGCCACAGCCCCUGGGCUCCUCUGGCCGGAGCCCUCAUCCAGUGGGGCUGGAUGGUUGGCUGGCCGGUUGGCUGGUUGGCUGGCUGGUUGGCUAGCUGGUUGGAAGGGCACUGGGGGACGAACACCUGAGAGACCACUCUUCACACUCCCAGGGCCCCUCUCCUCGUUGUCCAGGUCCAGGGCCCCCCCAGGGUUGCCUCUAGCCCGGCUAGACUCUGACUCUCUGAGGCAUUCACCUUGGCAUUCACCAGCAAUAACGCC